AUGGUCGUCGACCCCUUUAACGUGUCGGGCAAGAUCGACUACGACAAGCUCAUCGACAAGUUCGGGUCGACGCUGCUGACGCCGAGCCUCCUCGACCGCCUCGGCAACCUCGCGCGGAAGCGCGGCAUGAAGCUCCACCGCUUCCUGCGCCGGGGCAUCUUCUUCAGCCACCGCGACCUCGAGAAGAUCCUGACGGCGGCGGAGACGGGCCAGGGCUUGUACUUGUACACGGGCCGGGGGCCGUCGUCGGCGGCGAUGCACCUCGGCCACCUCGUGCCGUUCCUCAUGACGCGGUGGCUCCAGGCGGCGCUGGGCGUGCCCCUCGUGGUCCAGAUGACCGACGACGAGAAGUUCCUCUGGAAGGGCGAGUACGACGAGGCCGCGGGCGACUACGACCUCGACCGGUUCCGCGCGCUGACCGUGCAGAACGCCAAGGACAUCAUCGCGUGCGGCUUCGACAAGGACCGCACCUUCAUCUUCUCCGACGUCGACUACAUGGGCCACAUGUACCCCAACGUCUGCAAGAUCUGGAAGUCCAUCACCUACAACACCGCGCGCGCGGCCUUCGGCUUCGAGGGCAGCUCGAACGUCGGCCAGUCCGCGUUCCCGGCGAUCCAGGCCGCGCCGUCCUUCCCGUCGACCUUCAAGGUCCCGCUGGGGAACCGGGACGACCUGGCCUGCCUCAUCCCCUGCGCCAUCGACCAGGACCCCUACUUCCGCGUCACGCGCGACAUCGCGCACAAGAUCGCGCCGAAGAGCCACCCGUUGAAGGGCAAGCCCGCGCUGAUCCACUCCAAGUUCUUCCCGCCGCUCCAGGGCGCCAUGGGCAAGAUGUCGUCCUCCGACGACAACAGUGCCAUCUUCCUCACGGACGACGACGCGACGAUCGAGCGGAAGAUCAUGACGCACGCGUUCUCCGGCGGCCGCGAGCGGGGCGGGAAACGAGUGAUUCAAGUUCGCUUCAACAUGAGCCGCGAGACCGCGAAGCUCCAGCGCGAGCUCGGCGCGGACCUGGAGGUCGACGUCGCCUUCCAGUGGCUCAAGUUCUUCCUCGAGGACGACGGCGAGCUCGCGUCCAUCGAGGCCCAGUACGGGAGCGGCUCCGGCGACUACUGGAACACGGCCGCGGUGAAGAAGCGGCUCGUCGUCGAGCUCCAGGGGCUCGUCAAGGACCACCAGGCGAAGCGGGACGUGCUGACGGACGCCGACGUGGCGUCGUGGAUGGCCGUGCGGGAAUUGGCGCCCGCGCUCUAGGUGAGCAUAAGGUUACGCCUCCUG